CUGACUUCAAUACAAGUAUAUUGAGCUACAGGAUAGCUUUCAAAAAUUAUUUAUUAAUUCUACUGAAGAUCAUAAACUAAUAAUGGAAUUAAUUUUGGCUAUCAAGGGAAGAGGUUUCGUCAUGAUGGCUUCGACUUCCACAACGGAGCAUAAGGAAAUGAUGCAGGAAAAGUACAUAUUGAAUCCCCUGGGCCAACACACUAUGAUAACGUUCGGGGGAUUGACAGAUGGCUUAUCACUUCGAUUCAAGAAGAAAAUUCUCCGGCAACUGGACAUGUUCGAGGUAUCCAAUGGUUACAGCCUGACCCCCAAGGCAGCGGUGCACUUCUCUCGCACAAAUCUGGCCAGGUAUAAGCGGAGUCAGCCCAAUAAUCAGAUAUCAAUGCUGAUCGGUGGCAUCGAUGUCAUCAAUGGUCCCGAGUUGCAUUGCAUUGAUUCUAAUGGCACAGCGGCUUCCAUACCAUACGGGGUACAUGGAUCACGUCCCGAAUUCUGUGACACUCUCCUUCGGGAUCACUUCCAGCCGAAUCUUCACCAGGAGGCGGCCUAUAAAGCCCUCAAAAACUGUUCUGAUCAAAUCAUAAAGAAAUUUGGCGAUAAUAAGUUCAAUUUCAAGGCAUACGUAAUCAAAAGAGGAGGCAUCAAUAGGGUUGGUUACGGGGAGCCCUUGAAAAGUAACGUAACACCUUGUUAGAACAGUCCUUAUACUCUUUCCAUAUGUUUAAUAUUGCUCGAUUGGCAAAAAUUACAUAUUUGUAAAAAGCUGAAGGCUUCUAAGGGUGCUGUAAAUUAAUAAUAAAAUUGUUAAUACUAACAGUGAAC